UCAUGACCUGCCCACGCGACUCGAUGGCUGAGGGAUCAAAAGCGCAUGAGACCCCCUUAUAAUCACCUUGACAGUCAUAAACAGCAGCGCAACGGCCGUCCAUCACACCAAUCAAGCUCUAACCGAAUCUCCAUCAUCCCUGGCUCCCGUGACCGUGAUGUCGACGUCGACUUCAGCUGGCCACUGACCUGCAACCGCCAUGAGUUAACAACAUUGUAUAAUCACCGACGGAUCUGUCGUCACCAGCAGCAAUGUCGUCAAGGGCAAGCGAGGAGAGUUAUCUCUCCCCAAAACCAUGGAGAGCUGGAGAUCCUUGGGGAUCGGGGACGAAGCUGCCAGGCGCUUAUCCGCCAUCGCCCGAACCACAUGAACUCGACCGCUCCGGGCCUCAAUCACUAUCGGCUGCUGUCAAGGCUCGAAAGGACGAAUACGUCCGGAAGAAGUCGAUGAAAAUCAAAGUCGGCACUUGGAAUGUUGCCGCCAUCAGUGGAACCGAAAGGGAUCUGGGAGCCUGGUUUGUCGGCGGAUAUGGUGCCAAGGGCCUUUCACAGAAUUUAUCGGGCAUCUCAGUCGACGACAGUGACGGCGAGUCUGACAGCGAUAGAAACAUCGAAUCUGUCGAGGCUCAAGAGGCGCGUGUGGCAAGGACAAGAAAGAGUGUCUCCGUACCCUUGGAUGAUGCUCCGGCGGAGGCCCAUCACGAGCAGAUCGACCUAUACGUACUCGGAUUACAAGAAGUCAUCGACGUGACUUCCAUGACUGAAGCUAUCAAACCUUACACAGACCCAAAUCCUGCCAAGAAGUGGAAGAAGUCUUUGAGGCGAGCUUUGCCUAAGGGUUAUAAGAAAGUGGCUGAAGAACAACUUUUUGGUUUACUGCUCCUCAUUUUUGCCUCGCCUGAAUUGGCCCCCAGCAUUAGUUCGGUAAGUACGACAUCUGUCGGAACUGGUCUGAUGGGGUACUUCGGCAAUAAAGGUGCUGUCGCCGCGAGGCUCGUGGUUGCAGAGGCGACCAAACUCUGCUUUAUCAACUGUCAUCUCGCUGCUGGUGCAGACCAAGCAGCACUGGCUCGCCGUAUCUGGGAUACCAGUCAAAUCUUGGGCAAAGCCCGGUUUUCUCCGGUCACAGACAGCGAGGUUAUUGAACCUAAGGAGGAAAAAAUUGGGGACGAGGACUUUGCAUUCUGGUUUGGCGACCUCAACUAUCGUCUGGACGACGUCCCCGGUGAAGAUGUCAGGAGGUUGCUAUUGCUGCACACACAGAACGAGUACGACAUUCAGAACAAGUCGAAGCGCAAAAUCGACAGUGAGCUAGGUUACGUCUGUGCCUCGACCAGCGAUUCGCAGCUGCCGGCUCCGAAUCCGCACUACGAGUACAAAGAUGCAGAAAGACCAGCCACAGAAAGCACCGCCGAACCAGAAUUAGACCCGAAGUCCGACCCUGCUUCACUCCACACCACCCUUCAGUCUCUGCUGGCACACGACCAACUGCGCGCACAGCAAAGGCUGGGCAAGGCAUUCCACGAAGGGUGGCGGGAAGGAGACAUCAACUUUUUGCCCACUUACAAAUAUGACGUGGGUAGUGUCGGCAUGUUUGACUCAGGGGACAAGAAGAGGAGUCCCAGUUGGUGCGACAGAAUCCUUUACAGAACUCGCCGCGAUAGGGACAUAUAUGAAGAGAGGGCCAAACAGCGCGAAGAGGCACGCAAGAAGGAUGCGUCAAUGAAAGCUCGCGGAAUCGACGAAGCCAGUGCAGAGCACGACGUACUAUUUGAUUAUGAUCCCGAUACAGAUGGACUUGCAUAUGGCGAUGACUACGACGAAUACGACGAGACGCAGGAUGUGCUUCAUGAUGCAGAACUCGUGCAGUCACACGAGGACUAUGGGGACAUGGUUGAACUCAAUAGCUACAACUCACACCAGCGGAUACUCUCAUCUGAUCACAAGCCACUAGACGCCGUCUUUACCAUCCUUUACGACGCCGUCAUUCCAGAACUGAAGGCAAAAGUGCAUCAGGAUGUCGCUAGACAGCUGGAUAAGGCAGAGAAUGAAGGCCGUCCAUCGGUCACAGUGGUAGUGGACAAUCACUCCGAAGAGCCGAUACCGAACGCUGACGGUGCGGCAGACAUGAAUGUCGUACACUUCGGUGAAGUUCGUUACGGGGUCAGAAAGACGAGGAUGGUCACCAUAGCGAACACCGGACAAAUCACUGCCACAUUUGCUUUUGUGGAACGUCCACCAGAGUCGGGCCAAGAUGCCUGUGCGGCACCGAGAUGGCUCGAGCUCAGCGUCGAACCUGGCUCUAUUCAUCCAUCAGAGCGGGGCGAACACAAAGGAACACAUGAAAUUGUCCUGUCUCCUGGCGAAACCAUAGUUAUCGACCUGACUAUUGACAUUUCGGAUGGCGAGUUGGUCCACGACUUGAACGACGGGAAUGCAGAACUCGAAGACGUGCUUGUCCUCAGAGUCAAAAAUGGUCGAGAUCACUUCAUACCUGUCAAAGGUACAUGGUUUCAAUCAUCGUUUUACCGUACGCUCGAUGAGUUGGUGCUGGCACCGGAGGGCGGGGUGCGGCAGUUCCCUCGGCCUCAGAAGGCCAAAGGGUCCACAGAAAACAUGAGGAUCACAGACUCAGCUGCUCAUCACUCGGCGCCUAAGGAACUGUAUACUCUCACUGAAAUCCUUCCCAUCUACAUUGAGCGGUCAACAGCAGAAUGGGGGAUGUUGCACGAAGGGGUGACGCCGCCAUGGCAAUUUGAAAACGGAGGAGCGUCUUGGCCUUUCAGCCGUGAGACUUGGACGUUGGCCGAAGGCGAAGAACGGUCCGACCUGUUGAUCGGGGUGAGGGAAGCAUUGGACAACGCAAACCGGUUGGACACUAAUUUCGACCCGGAUGUACCAAGCAUCGUUCGACUGGAAGUGCUCGCUGAGACCCUCUUGUCCUUUCUUCAGUCCUUGAGAGACGGUAUAGUCCCUGCUGCGCCGUGGGCCGAGGUCGAGAGAAGAUUGAGCGCUUUGGAGAAGGGGAAGACGCCGCUGGCACCACAAGAGAUCCAGGAUAUGGUCAUGGACGCCUUGUCUUCUUCUGCGGUUCACAGCGUGUCGCUGACGUUUAUCACGUUCUUGUUGAUCAGAAUUGUCAAUGAGAUGAUGGCGAACGGUGCUCCGGCCCCCGGAUCGGCCACGCCGACUACGCCGACCUCGUCAAGUCGGAUCUCCUUUGGACGGUCGAGGGCGUCGACCGUCUCCAGCGACUCUGGUCACCGGCUUUCGACAUCCACACAAGAAGCACCAAGCAAGAGAAGUCUCUUCCCUGCACUGCGUCGACGCCGUACAAACAGCAUCUCGUCAUCGUCCGCAACGUCAGAGGCCGGUGCGGAAGCGGAGGCGGCCAUUGCGGAGCGACGGAAGAAGCUUGUCAAUGCAUACGUUGAGGUCUUUGCGCCGGUUGUCUUCAAGGCUGAAAAUGAAGCACGGCUUAAAGGCAAAGACAAGAAGGCGUUGGACGCUCGCAAGAGACGACUCCUCGAAGCUUUUCUCAGCGAAAGGCAAUUCUGAGGGGUCGGAUACCUCGUUUGGAUACGGCAUGCGCGUGUUUACAGAUACCAGAUAGGCGUGCCAAUUUGGAUUCCCGCUUCUCCAAAUAUCAGUAAUUCCUCCCCGCCUAGCAAAGAGCUCAAGUCGUCACUUACGUGAAUACUUUGCUACCAAAAAGAAGCUGGUGUGAGGCUAAGUUUUUCGACUCGGUGAGCGGCGGCUCUCUCUUGCACUUGGACUUUCAGCCUUCCUUCAGGACGAAGCUGGGUCACUAUUACAUCCACACCGACAUGGCCGGCACAAGCUCCAUCAACCAGGAGACUCAGCUGGGACAUGGCUCGUGCUGGAAGUUUGCUUUUCCAUCAGACGAGGCUGAGCAGGUGUGCGCUGUACGUAGGUAUGUAGCUAGCGACACUAGUUGAAACGAUGGCGAGGCUGUAG